CGCCACCUAGUUCGCGAUUCCUGCGUACCGUUGAUGAGUCAGAGUGCAUUUUUAUCACGGUAGAAAGUGUAUUACGGGAUAGUCGCGCCGCGGUCCCCUUGUAACAGGCUCGACAAUGUUCAGUUGGUUGAAAAGAGAAACGAAAACAGAGGAGGUGGUGGAAAAUGUGUUGGGUGAGCUGAAAAAGAUUUAUCGCAGUAAAUUGUUGCCGCUGGAGGAGCACUACAAUUUCCAUGACUUCCACUCGCCGAAGCUGGAGGACUCGGACUUUGAUGCGAAGCCGAUGAUUCUGCUGGUUGGCCAGUACUCGACUGGUAAAACCACCUUCAUCCGGUAUCUGCUGGAGCGCGAUUUUCCCGGUAUUAGGAUCGGGCCGGAACCGACGACGGAUCGCUUCAUCGCGGUCAUGUACGACGAUAAGGAGGGCAUGAUUCCCGGCAAUGCGCUCGUCGUCGAUCCGAAGAAACAGUUCCGUCCGCUGGAAAAGUAUGGCAACGCUUUCCUCAACCGUUUCCAGUGUUCCCACGUUCCGUCGCCCGUGCUACGAGCGAUAUCGAUCGUUGACACGCCCGGCAUUUUGUCCGGCGAGAAGCAACGUGUGGACAGAGGGUACGAUUUCACCGGCGUGUUGGAAUGGUUUGCGGAGCGCGUUGAUCGCAUUAUACUGCUGUUCGAUGCGCACAAGCUGGACAUUUCGGACGAAUUCCGACGCUCGAUCGAAGCACUGCGCGGACAUGACGACAAGAUUCGGAUAGUGCUGAACAAGGCGGACAUGAUCGAUCAUCAGCAGUUGAUGCGCGUGUACGGUGCUCUAAUGUGGUCCCUCGGGAAGGUGCUGCAAACGCCCGAGGUAGCACGUGUUUACAUCGGCUCCUUCUGGGAUCAACCCUUGCGGUACGAUGUGAACCGAAGGCUGUUCGAGGACGAGGAGCAAGAUCUGUUCCGCGAUUUGCAAUCGCUACCCCGUAAUGCCGCACUGCGCAAACUGAACGAUCUCAUCAAACGGGCAAGGUUAGCGAAGGUACAUGCGUACCUGAUCGCGGAGCUGCGGAAAGAAAUGCCUCAAAUAUUCGGCAAGGAUAGCAAGAAGAAGGAGCUGAUUAAAAAUCUAGGCACCAUCUACGAUCGCGUAUGCCGGGAGCAUCAGGUUUCGAUCGGCGAUCUGCCCGACAUUAAGAAAAUGCAAGAAGUGUUGGCCAACCAGGACUUUACCAAGUUCCAUUCGAUUAAAAUGCCGCUGCUGGAAGUGGUGGACCGCAUGUUGUCGGUGGAUAUUGCUCGAUUGAUGAGCAUGAUUCCACAAGAGGAGAUGCAGCUGGUUUCGGAACCGCUUGUCAAAGGACAAACCAAUGGCUCGACAAUGGAAACAAACUUUUUGGACCAUCUUCUUCUGCUGAAAGGUGGCGCAUUCGACGGAGUGGAAGACGUCGUAUCGCCAUUCGGUUACCGGAAGGGCGAAGGAAUCGAUGCAGGGUACGGGGAGGUCGAUUGGAUAUGUAAUCGUGAUCGUGCCAGAACGGAUCCCAUCUUUGAGUCACUUCAACCGGUUGAUGGAAAGAUUUCCGGUGCCGCGGCUAAAUCGGAGCUGAUCAAAUCGAAGCUACCGAACAAUGUGCUGAGCAAGAUUUGGAAGCUGUCCGACUACGAUCAGGACGGUUUCCUGGACAUCGAAGAGUUUGCUCUGGCGAUGCAUUUAAUCAACGUCAAAAUGGAUGGCAAUGAGUUACCUACGGCCUUGCCACUUCACCUGGUGCCACCGUCCAAGCGACGGGCGGACUAGGAUUAGAUA